AUGACAUCAAGCCCGUGGACCAAACCCGACACAAGUACACGGCCAAUUGCCGUCAUCGGCGGUGGCAUAAUGGGACGACGCAUCGCCAAUAUGUUGAUAGCCGCCGGCUUCCCCGUAAUCCUAUGCGAGAAAGCGGGCAACUACAGCAGCGCAGUGCGCUACAUCGAGGAACACAAGGGAGAGCAAGCCGCUAAACUAGGCACGCACCCCGCCGAGUUGAAAACAACAUCCUCCCUACCAGAAGCCGUCAAAGACGCAUGA